AUGUACUACCUGAUUGUUAUUUUUGUGUUUAUUUUGGAUGUCUGGACGAUUCGUACAGUAAGACUCAAUGCUUCAGACUCCGACUGUGCCAACAAACUGGCGGCAAAUUUGGAUAAACAUAACAUCGAAUAUACAAUAGACACAAUCAACGUUUCAAUUCUAAUUAUCUACAAUUUUCCUUUUUUUCAAAACUCUGCUUUAAAAGUUUUUAUUCCCAGACAAUCCCUUACCGACAAUAGCGAAGCACAAUGGAUUAAGGAGUUGCCACGUUAUGUAGAAGACAACACCACCGCUGAGGAAGUACUUCAGGGAUCAACACCCUGGACCAAUGAGGUCUUGAGGAAAGCAUACUUCAAAAACCUAAGAGCGAGUUUCAAACGAGGAACCAAAACAGAAAGAGGGCAACGAAAAAUGGCUCACAAAGAAGCCCUGCAAACAGUAGCAUUAUUCAUGGAACUACCAGAGUACCCUGACUUUCCAAGCGCGAGAAAGGAACAUCUCAAAAGACGUUCACUCAUGCAAAACAUCCCCGGAGUCGAGAUUUGA